AAGUAGAAUAUCAACUACUAAUAACAUGGGCAUUUCGAAGGAUCUGGCAACCAGUGUUUCAGUGGAAAAGCUUGUGUAUUUAUGCCCAAGGAUGUUUAGGAGUGCUCGGUUUGUGACAUCAGCAUGCCUACUGGGGACCCAUAGAUCACUGUUUGUGACACUCAACAACACCAAGAAAAAUCUUGGCAAGACAGUGUACAAUAACCUCCUCAGCCAGCCAUUUUGCAUGGUCAGUGGUGAGAGAGGGCCACAUAAGAGCCAUCAUUAUUUAUCUGUGCCAAACAGCAGCAAAUAUGUUUCACAAAAACCCUUUUGCAUUAACACAAGCUGCUCCAUCAAUCCUGCACACGCUCCUGGCUUUCGAACGGUUCGUAAAAUAACUAUCCCUGUACAGUAUUGUUCAUAUACCAAUUUUUCAGAUCAUUUCAUACUCAGGGCCUGUGUUCUUAACAAGUGCUUACUACCUGAAAACAAUACCAGCAAACACAGACGUUCUACGGAUAAGUGUAGAGAAGAUCUAAACAGAAUCGGUAAAAGUACAAAGAGCUACCAUGACAUAGGGAGCACAUCUUUUACUAAAUCACAUCUUUUACUAAAUCAUAUGCUCUGGACUUCCUAUCAUGAGCAAUGGCGCUAUAGUGGACCUCUAAAAGCCCAAACGUGUGGUUUGCACAGGAGAGUUCCACAGCAGGCUGCCUUUGAAGACUGUCUAUCAGCUAAGAAUGAGGAGCGCUGCAGAGAACACCUGCAUUCCAACACGGCACUGUAUGAGAAGAAGAAAGGGAAGAGUUGGGCAGCCGUGCUUGUGUCUCUGUGCACAGUAGGGGGAGAGCCUGCCUUGCUCUUCACCCUUAGAUCCAGCACACUGAGGGGAAAACACAAAGGUGAUGUCAGUUUUGCAGGAGGAAAGCAAGACCCCUCUGACAGAAACAUUGUGGAAACUGCACUGCGGGAAGCCAGGGAAGAACUGGGAAUUGAUGUGAAUGAAAAUGAAGUGUGGGGGGUUCUGAAGCCCCUGAAUGAUUCAUCAGGAAUGAUGAUUGCUCCUGUUUUAGCUAACCUUGGGCCGCUAGAGACUCUGUCACUUCGUCCCAAUCCAAAUGAGGUGGAUGAGAUCUUCACCCUGAGUGUUGCCCAUCUAUGCAACCCUCAAAACCAAGGCUACACACAUUUUCGUACUGGUAAUCGCUAUGGAUACACACUUCCUGUGUUUCACAGUGAUAAGUAUAGAAUCUGGGGCCUGACUGCAAUAGCGUUGGACCACACACUCAAACUCCUCAUGCCGGCGUAGCGGCUGUAGAGCCGUUUAUGUCCUUAAAAUGUUCAAACUUUUAGCGAUGACAUCAGUGUGCUUGUAAUAAUCAAAACAAACUUUGAAAUUUUUGUGCUGAAGGAACAUAAUUUUAAACUUGUGUUGUUUACUGUGUUUAACAAUAAAUGUUUUUUUUGAUUAGCUUCUUUAAGAAAAA